AUGUCGUACGACAACGAGGAAUCAAGCCCCGGCUUCAUUGCAGCGCUCGUGGAGGCCAGGCAGGGUGCAGCUGAGGGCGGAGUGCCCAUCGGAGCCUGCUUAGUGGCUCAAGACGGCAAGAUAUUGGGACGAGGACACAACAUGAGGAUCCAAAAGGGGAGUGCUACGCUACAUGCGGAAAUAUCGGCCUUGGAAAAUGCCGGUCGGCUACCGGGUAUCGCAUAUAAGAAUGCGACUAUGUACACGACAUUAUCUCCAUGUGACAUGUGUACAGGUGCAUGUAUUAUGUAUGGCGUGAAACGAGUAGUGAUAGGUGAGAACAAAACUUUCGUUGGCGGCGAGCAAUACCUCCAUGCCAGAAACCGCGAAGUAGUCGUUCUACAGAAUUCGGAGUGUCAAGACUUGAUGACUAGAUUCAUCAAAGAGCACCCUGAGGAGUGGAACGAAGACAUUGGCAAAGAGGGGUCUGUCGAGAGCCCUUAACAAUCAAGGCUAACCAGAUAACCUAUGUAUCUCUUGAAAAUAAUGUAGCAGAUCAUCGGGCUUGACGAAGGGUGUGAUUCCUAUGCCGGGUUAGUGCGUUACAUGUAGGUAUGGGAACCACAUACCAUGCCCCAAAUUUGCUAUCCAGCCUUGUUUGCCGCCCUCGAAGCCAUGCACCAUUUCUUCCACUGCC